AGAUUUGAUUUAACUUGAUUAUUAUUUAGUUUUUAUCAGUAAUGAACUAUACUUUCUUGAGUAUUUGUAUCUAUAAAUAGCAGUUGUUGCCAAGCGGACAAUGUCGCUGUCAUUGUCCAUGCAUUGCGAUACCAUGAGUGCUGCAGAGCCUCUGAAGGAUUCUCCGCCGAUGUCUGCUGAUUCUGGAUGCGAGACUUCCCCUCCUGAUGCCAGCUCUGCUUACAAUGGAUCUGACGUAGUUGUCAUCCAAUAUAGGACCGAUGAUAAUGCGACCACGCUUGCUAACGACCAUACGCUUAGCGGGGCUACAACGAAUCAUUACGUUGAACAUGAACGAAAUGAGUGCGAUGCCAAUACAUUCAUAGCAUCAGCGUUCCCGAGCUACAAUGAAGCGUUGCCAAGCUUCAAUGCUGUGAUGGAGAGUGGCUCUUCUACUGAGACUGGCUACGCGCAGGGGUUCUAUGUUUAUCCUUAUGGAUAUUCUUAUCCCUUCGUUGUAAAUGAUUACUUGGCUGGGUGCUAUGAGUAUCCCCCGUUCACUUAUGCUUCUACAGAACACUUGGUACAGCCUGAAAAUAAUAAGGAAGGUUCUUAUGAAACCGCCCAGUACCCCCGACAAAAUGACAAUAUUUGGAAUGCUCCCUCGCAUCACGAACAAGCCUUCAGACCUAGAUCCUCUAGCGUUAUGGAUCGGCAAGUUACUAGCUCACUAGCCCACGUUCAAAGGCGAUUUUCGGUCCCUAACCAUCGCGUGUUCGCUCGCAAUGAGCUCGCCAGCAAGCACCGUUCUAUGCCCUCAGGCGAUUCUCAACGAACAUUCACUUCGUCUCGCCGAGCAUAUGACGUGAACUUCCUCGACUACAUGCCAGGCAGCUAUGGAGACCGUCGUCACUCCGCGCCUCCGGAUCAGUUUUGGUCUCGACGAAGACACUUGUCCUCAGAACCUCGAACUGAGCAUGGGUUAUUCCGUAACGAACGACACAGCAGCACCAGGACCGCAAUGAGACGAUUCAGCGUGGACUCGCAUCAGAACUUCCAGGGUAGCGACAGAGCAUUUGACAGCCGUUCGAACUUCACUCCCCCGAUCAAACAUGCCGCUGCUCGUGCGAAGCCAGUUUUGCAGCAGUACAACUGUUAUCAACGUUUGGAUUUGCCUCACGAUUGUGUGGGAAAACCUCUCAUUCUUUCGCCCGACCCGCGUUCCCCAAGGAGUGUGGAGUCACAGUGGCGAGCUCACAUCAGUCUGCUGUUCCGCAACCUGCGAGAGACGUGGCUCAUCACUCGCGCCCCCGACGGCUUCAGGCCUGGCGAGGAUGGCUGGACGGUGUCCAAGGACUUCGCUAAAGUGCGCUUCUACUGUCCCCGCUGUUGCGAUGGCUGGACAAGUAUGUACGGCCUGGUUGUAUUCUAUUUCCGCCGUAACCUGUUCACUAACGAUGGAAGUGCUCAACCACGGCGACCUGCUACGCUGCCUACCCGCCACACCAACCAGUACUCGCAAGAGCAUCAACCAGACCUCUCUGAAAACAACGAGCUUCGUGGAAGACUUCGCAACCCUAAGUAUAACAAAGGCUCCAUGAACUGCCCUCUCGAAAAUGAUGACUGCCUCUCAGCCUCUUCAUGGGUUACUGAUUCGAACGCAUCUCUCGCGACUUCAGAUGCACGCCGUUUUCAUGAGACCCGAAGUACGGAAAAAAUCUCUGGCGAUGCAUCGACCCGCGAGUUUGAAGAGGAAAACGAUCGAUACGGGUUUGGCUAUCACCAAGAGGCGCAGAAUGGUUCCGUGUCGAAUAGUGGUAGUAGCGAGUACAAGAGAACUACGACUGACAGCCAACUUCACGGCAAUGAAACUAACGUGGCCCGAAAUGUAAGCCAACGUCUAGCGGACUCGCGUGGCUGGGGACAAAUUCUCUAUGAAGUUUCCGGUCAGAAGUGUGGCCGAUGCAACCCUGAAAUUUUCGAAAUGCCACUUUGGUACGCUGACGAGGCACAAAAAGUUAUUACAAACUUGUACUACGCUGUAGCCCGCGAAAUCUACGGGCUCUGCACUCCCAGACCCAUCCGGACUCGCCGCCUCGGCCAGCCGGCUGUGUGCCACUAUACCCAGCUGUGUCAAGGCUGCAGCACAGGGCAGUGCAAAGGAGAUUUGUGCUCACUGGGCACGCCUAGCUUCUCUGAUGACAAUGCUCUGGUGGGUGCUACGAACAGCCUUGAUAGUAGUCCUGUGCUUCCAGAACAGUCGAGAGGUGAUGCUGUAGACUGGACAGCCCGCAGUAAUCAAAGAAGCACCUACCCAGGAUUGACGAUGCCUAGCAACACUACUUCAGCCAAUUCAUUCACCACUCAGUCGGCGUCGACUUCAGUCAUUCGUGAGCAAGUUUCGGCUCAAGUUUCUGAGUCGCUUACAUUAGGCAGCGGCUACGAGACUGUUACUAAUCCCGUUGUAGUUCCAAACGGCGAAGCGUAUCACGUGAACUAUGUUAAUGCUUACAAACGCCCUUACGCGAGCGAAUCUUCCAACUGCGCGUCUGCAAACCAAGGGUCUACUUUAGCAGACAACAGCCUCGACGAAGAUAAUGACAACCAGUUAUCAAAUCGUUUCGCAGGUUUGGAGGUGCAAUCUGACGGGAACGUAGGUGGCCUGCUUACAUACUGCUACCCACCGCCUUCGAUGCCAGCCAUGCAGUUCAAUGCUCAGCUCUCGACUCAAUACGUGACUCUGAAUCAUGAGCAAUCUAUUAUUCCUGAAGCAUUCGUGUCUGGAUAUCCUGUUCAAUUCGCCCAUCUUGCCGCGCCCAUCGCUUUCCCUGCGCAAGUUCCAACCCAGCCAGAUGCCGCGCACCCCACCGCCAGACCUCUUCAUGGCCUUGUUUCACCUACUGGCGCUGAGGUAAUGCCUUCUCUAGGCGUUGCGUCCGGGGCGAUAAACGAUGGAGGUUUCGUUUCGUAUUCCGUUCGCGCCUGCCUUCCUUUGGCGGUUCCUGGAACUGUAGGUACUUACUCUGCAUUUUAAAAAUCAAUGUUGCUGACUGGCGCUAUGUUUAGAACGAGUAAGGCGCACGGAAAAAGUUUACAUCUGACGCCGGCAGUUCAAUGGAACAUUAAGUUUUUUCUGAGUUUCGUUUGCCGUGUGUCAAUUGGCAAUAGUACGUAGCUUCGUUAUUAGAUUAGUUUUAGUGACGAGACCCUCGACGAAGGGUUCGGCUUCGUUUACAUUGGACUCGUAUAACCGAUUUCCCAUCGUUCAUUUUACAGUUGAGUUACGUUCGUGACAUUAGUAGAGUAGAUGUUGAAGUUCGCACAAUCUAACUCAAGUGGUUUAAAAAAUGCUGAUGCGCUACUCUAAAAUAUUUUCGGAUAAUCAACCUCAACCAAAGCUCCUUUCAAAUGUAUGCGUUGGCCUCGAGGACAUUUUCAGUAAAUAUUGCGCUUCUUUUAUGAUAUUACAUCGGUCUAAGUUAAAGGCCAUAAUCUGUCAUAAUUUCGAUGUGCACAUCUGGUUUGUGGAAGGCGGCGCUUGUGUUAGAGUUAAAUUUCAUACUUUAGGCGAGACAUAAGAUCUAAUUUGCAUAAUAAGUGGCAUAAUAAUGCAAUCGGGCAUAAUAAUAGAAUAGUUUAAUAUUUUAUCCUCGUUGUCGGCACGAUGAUCGCUUUUCUCGUUCUACCUUUACCUUGACCGUUCUUAUUCGUUUUAGUUAAUAGUAUUUUUAGCGCUCUGAGCGUUUUUUUUUUCCUGUCAUACCUACUUGUAUUUGCGCAGUUACUAAAAGUUCUUACUGUG